AUGUCGGACAACUCAACUCAUGAACUGUUGCAACGAGAAGCUUUGGCAGAAACAACAAUUCCGGCAUGGGUCUCCAUUGCAACUACGGUUGUCCUGACGCUCGUUUUCAUUAUGUGUAUUUCUGGUAACUCUCUCGUGGGCGCCGUUCAGUUGCGCCAGCCACGCCGCUCAAGCACGGACUAUUUUGUAUUAACCAUGGCGGCGUUUGACUUUCUCACGGGACUGACGCUCAUCCCAUGGAUGGUGUUUUCGCUGCACCUGCCUUUAAGGUUAAUGGUCGCCAGUGACGCCAUAUGUAAAGUGUAUCAGUACUUCCGGUACGCAGUUAACAUCGCCAGCACUGUCCUACUAUCCGCGAUCGCGUUGGACCGCUACUUCAAGGUAUGUAGGCCGCAUUCCAACGCGCUUAGCCCGAUCAAAGCGCGCCGAACAUGCCUUGUUUUAUCCGCCGGCGUCUUAAUUGGUUGUGCACCCAUCACUUUCAACGAGAAACUAAACAUGGACACUAUGCUGUGUGGACGAGUCAGUGCUUUAGGCCUGGUCUUUGACACCAUUCUUUUGUUGACAUUUGUUGGUUUGUUUGCAGUUACGUCAGUGUCCUAUUUCCUUGUAGCAAAAGCGUUAAGAAAACGACGGAGGAUACGAACAGAAAACGCAGUUUCUUACCACACUUCUAAACGCACCUCAAGCGAUCAGACUGUUGCUAUUCGUGAACCGAUUGUCGCUAUUAGCGGAGACCAGAUUGACGCUACUCUAACCAAACAUAGUAUCGUGACUAUAAGUCAAAGUAGAACAAACAAUGAAGAUAGUGUUCAAGGCAACACACAUAAUAAACCAAACUUCAAAACCAACAAGGAAUCAGGUACCAUUGACCCAAUGCCAAUUCCGCACACAACAGCGUACGGACCCAGCCAUUGUAGCCAAGGAGUUCAGAGCAAUGCUUUUAAAGCUUACAGACAAACACCAUUGACAACGCAAACUCCGCCAAAAUCAGAUCGACGUUUGACACGCGUCACUUUCGCAAUGUUUCUAAUAACGGUGGUGUAUAUAGCGUCAUGGAUUAUAACGUUGAUGGCCAUGGGGUUGGUGCAGGCCCAAUCCUGGUCGGAGCACAGCUUGAUCCUGCAGCAAACGCUUCUGAAGACGUAUAUCGUGAACUGUGCAACCAAUCCACUGUUCUACAUCUGGAUAAGUUCUACCUUUCGUAGCCGGGUGAGGGAAACCCUAACGUGCUACCGUCAAUGA